CCUAGCUAACUCUUCAUCUCCCGCUCGCUCUCUCACUAGGGUUCACGAAACUGCGCUGCGUUACGGACAGAAAAAAUGGCUGUCCCUUUGCUCACCAAGAAGAUUGUGAAGAAGCGUGUCAAGAAGUUCAUCAGGCCCCAGAGUGACAGAAAGAUUUCUGUCAAGCCUAGCUGGAGAAGGCCCAAGGGUAUUGAUUCCCGUGUGAGGAGAAAGUUCAAAGGAUGUACUUUGAUGCCCAACAUUGGUUAUGGCUCAGACAAGAAGACUCGCCACUACCUCCCCAAUGGGUUUAAGAAGUUUGUUGUGCACAACGUCAAGGAGCUUGAAGUUCUGAUGAUGCACAACAGGACUUACUGUGCUGAGAUAGCUCACAAUGUUUCAACCAAGAAGCGAAAGGAGAUCGUCGAGCGAGCUGCGCAGUUGGAUAUUGUUGUUACCAACAAACUGGCCAGGUUGCGUAGCCAGGAGGAUGAGUGAGCAUUUAUGCUAAUUUUUCUUUUUGUUUGUUUGCUUUGUGAGUCACUCCUAUUAUUAGGCGUUUCAGCAUUUUGGGAGACACUUUAUUCCAUAGUUUUCAUUUUGUUUUGAAUUAAGUGGUGACUUCUGUACUGCUCAAUUAUCGUUAAAAGUAAUUUUUGAUAUUUCAAUCACUCGAACAAGAGAUUGCUAGUUAAAACCUUGCACUUGAGGGACCCACAGCUGAAAUGGGCGACAUAUUUGGUGAGCCGUUCAGAAAACAAAUUAGUAACUGAUUUGAAAUGGUUCUUCUGUUUGAUCACUCUCCUCAUUGAGGAAAGUAAUUUUAA